ACACUUUGAAUAUCCAACUGUAUAUCUUCGAAGUUUGAUCACCCAAAUUAAAUGGCCUCUUCAAAUGAAACCAAAAGCCAAAUCCAUGCCAGUAAUAGACAGGAAGAUCACGAGGAACGAGCUUCCUCAUACGCAAUGCAGCUUGUCAACUCAGCCACUCUGCCCAUGACUCUGCAUGCUGCACUUCAACUGGACAUUUUCCAGAUCAUAUCGAAAGCCGGAGCUGAUGCCAAGCUCUCCCCACAAGAGAUAGCAACCCAGUUGGGCACGCAGAACCCCGAUGCGCCCAUGAUGUUGGACGGCAUCUUUUGGCUCCUAGCGACCUACAGUGUUCUCACUUACUCUGCUAUUGUUAAUGAUCAUCAUGGUGAUCCUCAGAGACUAUAUGGUUAUAGCACCUGUAUCCAAGUACUUUAUCCAGAACGAAGAUGGCGUUUCAUUACGACCCUUGACGACUUUGCUUCAGGACAAGAUCUUCUUAGAUAGUUGGUUUGUGCUUCUUGCUCUAUAUCAAAAUAUCAAUCAACUCUCUCCUGUUUUAUCUAAUAGUUUGUUUUUUUUUUUUUUAUGUUAGUUUCGGUCCCUCAAUUUUGGACGUUGCAUAGUUUUAAGGCUAUUUGAUAUAAGGAUUUCGAGGUAAUGAUUAAUAGUUUUGUCAAAUUACUAAGAAUAAAUGUUUUGAUAAAUU